AUGCAUGGGCAGCCUCUUUUCUUAGAUUGCAUUGAACUAUUUCUUUUACAGGUGAGGGAAGGCGGAUAUGAUUACAAGGUGAAUGAGACUGUAAAUGCUGUAACUACAAAAACAACCGAGAUUGGUCAGAGGACAUGGGGCAUCAUGAAAGUGGUCAUGGCACUUGCAAGCCAGAAGGUCGAGGAGUACACCAACACCAAGGAUGGGUGGAAUAACGAUGACUGGCCAAGAAAUGAUAGCGAAAUGAAUGGAUAUUAUCAGGAGUUCAGAAAAGAGCAGGAAGGGUGGAAUUCCUCUUCGGCUGGUCAGUCUUCUUCCACUGGGAACUCUAAUUCCUACAAUUCAAGCUCCUGGGAUGACUGGGACAAUAAGGGAACUACCAAAGAGGGGUCGAACAGAGGAGGAACAUCGGGUAUCGAUGAUGGUUGGGUAGGAUGGGAUGAUCCUAAAGACAAUGGAUACGAUAACUUCUACCAAAGGGCACCCAGUAAGAAUGCUGUGGGUCACAAUGGGAAAUCAGAUGCCACAUGGACUGGAGGAGGCUUUCUUUAAGGUCGUGGCUAACUACCAGAGGAGUUCCGCCCAGGCAGAUGGGUCAUCCAGGAGUUUCAACUGCAGAACGAGUUCUUCGAAAUCAGUAAAGCAAGUAAAUCCUGUGGAUAUCGUUGAGAUCCGUAUAAAUUUUAAAAGACGUUUUGUGUUUCUAUUUGGUUUUUGGCUUUCUGUAGAACCUUCUUCUGUAAUUCUUCCAUUGUGGUCUAUUUAAAUUCCUGGAAAGCUCUGAAUUGUCUGAAGGUA